AUGUCAGACACCCAGGUACCAACCCAAACGUACAAAGCAUCGUGCCAUUGCGGCGCCUUCGCUUACAAUGUAACAACCGCCUCGCUCGACAAUGCAAGCACCGAGGUCGUACGCUGCAACUGCAGCAUCUGCACGCGGAACGGCUAUCUUCUCAUCUACGUGCCCAAUGACCAAGUUGAAUUCACCUCGGGCAACUUCGAAGACCUCCAGUCUUAUACUUUUGCCUCCCACAAGGUUGCGCAUUACUUCUGCUCUACUUGCGGCAGCUCAUGCAUGGCGAGGAGCAUCAGUCCGGGAUUCUUCGACGGCAUGAGCAUUGUCAAUGUCAGGUUGUUUGAGAGUGUGGAGCUGGAAAAGUUGAGGUUCAAGGAGAUGGAUGGGAGGAGUUAUACGCCUGAGGCUGCGAAGGCUCGUGUUGCUGAGAUUCAGAAGGGAAAUUGA